AUGAAUAUCGUGGAUACGCUAAAUGAACCGUGCGCUGUUUGUGGCGAUAAAUCAACUGGAACACAUUAUGGAGUGCUUUCAUGUAAUGGAUGCAAAGGGUUUUUCCGACGAACAAUCCUCAAAAACCAAAAAUUCACGUGUCGUUUCAACAAAGCGUGCACAAUCAACAAAAAUUUCCGAUGCGCUUGUCGAUACUGUCGUUUUCAGAAGUGUGUACGAGUUGGGAUGAAGCGCGAAGCAAUUCAGUUUGAACGCGAUUCGAUUGGUCCCAUUAAGCGUCACAGUGAACCAAUAGUAUUACGAACAGUCGAAAGCAGUAGAACGGAAAACGACAAUUCCAAAACAGCGUUCUGCAAUAGUCGUCUGAUCAAUGACACCUUGAAGCCGGAUGUUAUCGAAACAUUAAUGCAAAUGGAGGCAAGAACCAAUCAGGAAAUGACGACUCAUCAAAAUUUGGUGAUCAGUUCGUCAUUUGCAAUCAGUAAUCGUCUGAAUGAAAGUAGUUGUGCAUCAUCGGAUUUUUCACAGUCACACAAAUCGUGUUCAACUGAAGAUUUGAAUGAAUUAUCUAGAACAACGUUGGUAUUAAUGGUUGAUUGGGCAAAAGGUUUGGAACCAUUCCCGGGCUUGAUUAUCGAUGACAAAAUUAUUUUGCUUAAAAACUAUGCGCCUCAGCAUUUGAUUCUAUUACCGGCGUUUCGUUCACCAGACGCGACUGGCACUUGCCUUUUCAAUAAUGCAGAUGUAAAUUGCGACGGGGGCAUCAAAUUUGGCGGUUUAUCGGCAUUCAAAACAAGCAACAUUAUGCCACGUAUAAUGGACGAAAUAGUAUGGCCAAUGAGACAUUUGCAAAUGAGAGAAGAGGAAUUUGUGUGCCUAAAAGCUUUGGCUUUUCUUCAUCCUGAGGCGAAAGGACUUUCUGUACCAGCUCAAACGGCAUUGCGUGAAGCUCGUAAUCGAAUACUUAAGGCUCUAUAUUGUUACAUUUUGACACAUACGCCUGAAGAAGCACCGACACGUUAUGGCAAUAUUUUGCUACUUGCACCUGCUCUUAAAGCUCUGGCACAAGUACUCAUCGAAAAUAUGACUUUAACGAAAUUUUUCGGUUUCGCUGAAGUGGAUUCAUUACUUUCGGAAUUUAUUCUAGAUAGUCCUACUGAUGAGGUGACAACGCGGCCAUUGUUACGUUCAGCCCUACGUUCAGCUACAACAGCCACUACAUGUCCAGAUAUCGAUACACAACAACACGUGAUGACUAUUUUAUAA